AUGACCAAGAAUUUACUGUGGUUGGCGGUUGCGUCAGUGAUUGCCUUUUCCGCUGCGUUUAAUGUGUACGAUGAUCUUGAUGAUGAAAAUAAUUACGAUCUCGCAGAGACUGGUGAUAGAGAGGGCAAAGUUUAUAAUUAUAUUAGGAUCACUAGGCAGGCUUGCCUAGUAUCACUUUUACAAUCACAAAAUUUCAUUACAGUGUUCCCCUUCAUAAGUAUAGUGCGAUUCGCGAACUCGGACUGUUCUAGCACAAACACAAUGAAUGGCACCUGUCUCGCACGGCGGGAGUGUCACAAUCUGAACGGAACCAUCACCGGAAUUUGCGCAUCUAGGCGAGGCAGAUGCUGCGUAGUAUCCAGAAGUUGCGGAACCAACACGAACGUAAACAACACGUACUUUACCAGUCCGGGGUAUCCCUCUGCUUACGCGGGGGGACAGGCUUGCAACAUCAUAGUUAACCGUUGCAAUACCAACAUAUGCCAGCUCCGCUUGGACUUCCUGGAUCUCGUGCUCGCGCAACCAGAUGGCGACGGCGUAUGCACCACCGACUCUCUAACAAUAACGGGAGGGAACACUGUCGUUCCAGUGCUGUGUGGCGACAACACCGGCCAAACCAUUUUCGUAGACUUCAAUGGUGACGCAGCUAUAACCAUUACUAUAGCUGCAACGUUGUCUACAACUUUCUCGAGGCGAUGGAACAUCAGACUCACACAGCUUGGCUGUGACUGUCCUGGAUUAGCGCCAAACGGUUGUCUCCAGUAUUACACCGGUACUAGUGGUACAAUCAGCAGCUUCAAUUACGGAACUGCAGCCAACUCUGUAUUAAGUGCAUCCUCAGUGACAGGAACAAGACAAUUGGCAAAUAUGAAUUACGGAAUAUGUAUUAGAAUGGAGGCCGGUUUCUGUGGGAUUCAAUACUCUCAGGCAACCGGAGACCAAUUUUCUUUCACUGUAACUGGUGACGUAGAAGGUGCUGAUACAACCGUGCUCGGCACUACCGUUGGAGCAAUCAACGGAGCGACAUGUACCACCGACUUCGUUAUAAUACCAAACCCGGUGGUGGUUUCCACCAAUGUAGCCGUAGGUGCUGACCGUUUCUGUGGACUUGGCUUCACUACGGUGUCGACAACGCUGAAGCCGUUCGUUGUAUACGUGGUAACAAACGCAAACGAAGGAGCUACGGCCACUACACCACCAGAUGUCGCGAACAGAGGAUUUUCGCUAACUUACACCCAAAUUGCAUGCUAGUCGUCAAAAUAAUUACAAAUUAAUAAGUCAUUCGAAAUUUCUUCACGUGACAGAAUCGAAAGAUUUGUUUUAUUUCAAUACGUUAUAUUUUAACA